GGUGGUGAGGAGGUGUACGGCCCUGACUUUCACAGCUUCUGAGGAGAAGGUCUUGGUAGCCGACAAGUCUGGAGAUGUCUACUCCUUCUCGGUGUUGGAUCCACACGGAUGUGGCAGACUUGAACUUGGGCACCUGUCUAUGUUGUUAGAUGUGGCUGUGAGUCCCGACGACCGCUUCGUCCUCACUGCCGACCGGGACGAGAAGAUCCGGGUGAGCUGGGCCGCAGCGCCACACAGCAUCGAGUCCUUCUGCCUGGGGCACACAGAGUUUGUGAGCCGCAUCUUUGUGGUGCCCAGUCAUCCCGAGCUGCUUCUGUCCUCCUCCGGGGACUGCACCCUGAGGCUCUGGGAGUACAGGAGCGGCCGCCAACUGCACUGCUGUCACCUGGACAGUCUGCCAGAGCCAGCGGAGCCUCAUGGCCACAAGCGGCUUGCUGCGUCCCGCAUUGCAUUCUGGCACCAGGAGAGCUACGUUGCACUUCUGUGUGACUGCAUCCCUGUGGUCUACAUCUUCCAGCUUGAUGCCCUGAGACAGCAAUUGGUGUUCAGACAGCAGCUGUCUUUCCAGCACCGAGUGUGGGACGUUGCUUUUGAGGAGACACAGGGGCUGUGGGUUCUGCAGGACUGCCAGGAAGCCCCCCUUGUGUUGUACAGGCCCGAGGGCAGCCAGUGGCAGUCUGUUCCUGAGAGUGCUGUGUUAGAGGACAUCUCCAACUGCCUUCGUGGGAACUGGGCCAUGAUGGAAGGCUCUGCUGGCACAGACGGCAACUUCAGCAACCUCUACAAGGCCACCUUUGACAACAUGGCCUCCUACUUGAAGAAGAAAGAGGAGAGAGUGCAGCACCAGCUGGAGAGGAAGCGGCGAUGGAAGAGUCCCCCACCCGGGCCCAACAGGCCAGCCAAGAGGACACGGCCCAAGGAGACUCCUUGAGUUACUGAUCUCAGCGACGCUGGUGGCUUUCACAACCCCAAAACAGCAGGAGCAGUUUUUACCUGUUCCCUCCCCACCCUGGCAUUUCCCUCUCAGAAGAAAAAGGCAGUGGCAGUUAGGUCCCGACCAGCUCAGUGGACAGUCUCCUGGGCUCUAGAAUGGUCUGUGUCACUGAGUGCGGGCCUGGCAUCUGUUCCCCUUUCUGUUUGGAGGGAAGCCAUGCAGUACAUUAGCCCAAUGAAUGAUACUAUAGAUGAGAGUGAGCACACUUUUAAGCACUUAUCUUCAUAUUGGAGGAAACGUAUUAACCUGCAGUAGUGGCAGUCAUUGAUUUUUUUCUACAGUACCCAUAAUCCCAUUCAUACUGGCGCACCUUCCUCUACGGAAAGUCUGCAGGCAGACGUUUUUGCAGCAGCAUGAUAUAUGUGACUCUUCCCAGUAGUGGUCUCUGCAUCGCACAUGGUAGCCAUUUGCCACGUGGUGCUACCGAAACUCAGAAUUAUAUGUUCAGUGCCUCACUAGUUCCAGCCACAUUUCAUGUGCUCAGUAUCCACACAUGGCAAGUGGCUCCUAUAUGGGAAGCCCAGAAAAAAAUGUCUGUCAUCGCAGGGAGCUCUGUGGGACAGUGCUGGCACAGAAGGUGAAUUUGUUUUGGAUUGUGUGAGGACGGGCCCUGGCUAGAAACCCAAUUUUACAGGGACAUGACCGAUGAUGUCAUGUGUAUUUAUCACUUUGAUUUGAACUCUGUGCACCUGCUGUGGAGCAGUAAGGGUGUCCGCCGAAUUCUGAUCACCAGUCAAUAAAGAUGGUUUUUUUGCAGCUUUCUAGAAAUGUUUAGCA